AUGGAUGACAGAACUGUUGUAACUGAAUGCACUGCUGAUUUGGAGAUCGCAGUCAAUGCUUGGAACCAAUUUUCGCUUGAUUUCCACCUUCUUGAGAAUAUGAGCAAACUACAGCAAGCUGAUUUGGAUAAGGAGUGCAAAACACUGGAGGUCCUUGGGACUGUCAUUGGAAAGCCUGCGAAAUGGGGCUUUGGCACCUACCCCAAACACCAACAACGAAUUGAGAAAGCCAAGAAAUGGAUGAGAAGAGUUGCUCUACUGCCCUUCGGUUGGAAAGGUCGCCUGAGGGACAUCGCUGUCUUUUGUAAGUCUGCUAUGGUUUAUGGAUGGAUCUCUGGAUUGCCUACGAAAGAGAGGAGAUCGGCGUACAACAUUCUCAUUUGGAAAGUUUUGCGGCACUUCAGAUUUGCCCCUGUUCCCUUGCGCUCUCUUGUGGGAAGCUGCCACGUUGACUUUGAGAAAGCCAACCUGCUACGACAAUUGCAUGUGCUUGCGCAUAGAAACAAAGAGCUGCUGAAGUACAAUCUGGGAUGUCGCACUAACCUGGACCAGAUGGUGCAUGAUGGCCUGGAGGAGUUUGGUUGGUUUUUAGAUCAGGAUAACGCUUGGCAGCAUCAAUACUUUGACUUCAAAUUCAACGAGCACGAGUGGAUCAAAGGGGACAAGCAUAUCGAUGGUCGCAGAAUUGCCUUUGCGAUUGGGUCGGUUCAGUCCCCUUACAAUGCUGCUGAGAAUCACUACAAACCGGGCACGGAGUGCCAUGUGUGCGGGACCAAGCAGUGGACAUUUUCACUUCCGCCACUGGCAGCCGGUUCAGAUGGCACUGACGAGUUUCAUGACAAAGUGGUCAGCGUCGUGCACUCUGAAACCAACUCCUUUUUUAGCAUGCCAAAUUUUAUCAAAGGUUGGGUCCUUGAAGCUGAACAAGCAGAAUGGGAUCGUGAAGACUUUGUACAGUGGCUUCACACCUUUGAGAAUGACGAGAACAAUUUUUUGCCGCCCAUUGAUGCCACUUGGGUAUCAACGUCUGACAUCAACGCAGAGAUCUCAGACCUGGGCCUGCUACAAGAGGAAACCGAGAAAAGAAGGGAACCAGGAGAUCAAAAGGAUCAUGAAGUUGUGAAUGCAGCUGACGAUCCAUCAACCUCUCUUGAAGCUUCCCAAGAAGAUAUUGCACACUUUUUGAAACCCGCAGAGGAAGACGAUGAAUCAGAGAUUGCGAAGGAGGAUGAAGAUGAGGACACAAAAGACAGCGAUAUCACUGGCGUUGAGAAUACCAUCAACCGCAUUGAUCUGGAUGAUGAGCCAAAGAUCGAUGACAAAGACCAGGAAUCCAUCAUCAACACCUUUUGCUUGCUUUUUGAGAAAGAUGACAGAUCAUGGGCUGACAUCAGUGAGGAUGGAUCCGAAGACUUGCAUUUGAUGCGAGGAGGAGGAGAUGAAAGCACAGAUGAAGUCGUCAGAGGUGGUGCCGGAGCUUCAAACGCCACCAAAAAGAAAAGAGAUCUCAAUGAAUGUUUGGAGAGACUUGCAGAUUUGAUCAAAGCCAAUGUGAAGGACGAGGCCUAUCCACAGGUCGAAGAGCUGAUCAACGAAGCGAAGAGCCAUAUUGGAAAAAGCGAGGAACAGAAAGCUGGUGGACAUGGCACUCCAGCCAAAGUUGAUGCGAAAGGAGAAAUUUGCAUUGUCAAAAACGUCCAACAUUUGAAGCAAUUGCAGACUUUGGCAGCUGACUUGGAGAUCAACAAGAACAUGCUCUUGGUUGCCAAGAAAACUAUGAUGGAUGAGGUACCAGAUACCUGUCAGAUUUUGCUCCUUCCUUGGAUUGGCAACCUUGCCAUGAUCGAAGCCGUUGUUGGGAACCUCAACAAAGAGACUCCAAAGCUCGAAGGAGAGAAGAUCACUGAAUGCAAAAUACAGUUCACAAAAAGGGAGGACCUUGUCACUUUGCGACUCACUGCGCCUUGGAGCUACAUCCCGGAGAAAGACAAGCAAAUCCUCAAAAAGAAGCCUGAAUAUGCUGCCCAUUUGCUCAACCCUGAAUUGAAGGAAGUCAAGACCAACAAAUGGGAAACCACUGACACUUUGCUCACUGGUUAUGUGCUUGUCGACAAAGCUGUACUACAGAGGACCUUGGGAUGUUCAGGCAACAAUGGAAUCUUUGUGACGCGUUUGGCACAGGAUAUCAUCACCAAACCAAAUGCCCUUUGGAUCAGCCGCAGUGAAAACGAGACUGAUGAGAGCUACUUUGCAAGAGCACGCAAAGAGGCCAAUGGGGCACAAAUGACAUGGAGAAGAGGUGGAGGUAAUGACCUCGGAUAUCAAUGCAGUGACGAUGAAAUUCAGGAGAAGAGUUGGGCACUUUGGGGAGUUCCAGCAUUCAAUGGACCAGGCCUUGUUGAAGAAUGGCUUGAACAGCAAGGUUGGAAACUCAAAUCCAAGCCUCUCCCACCGAGAAAUCGAAAUGGACCUUGGAAAAUCUUUGGAACUUGCAAUGAAAAGCAGAGUGCAUAUGCGUUUCAGGCUGACUUUGACGGCAAGAUCAGACGAUUGUCAAUUGUUCCUUGGAAAACCAGUAGAAAAAUUCAUGAGGAUGUACAGCCAAUCACAACUGGCCCAAGAUGGUUCCGUGAGCAUUUUGUGUAUGAUUCUGUUGGACCAACACAAGUCAUUGAUGCCACGAUGCCUGACAGUCCAACAGAAGAUGAAGCCAACAAAUCAAUUGAAGUCAAAUCGCCUCCCAAAAAGAAGGCGAAAGCAGCAGGACUCCGAGGAGGACAAGCUGGACCUGAAGGGACCAACCUUCGAACCAUUGAACUGGGAGGAACAGGAGAUCGCGGAUGGCGAAGUCUUGCAUUUCAGCUUGCUGCACUCAAUUCAGGUGGCGGCAACCUUGCUGACAGUCUUAUGACGAAGCUUCCUACGCUUGGCAAGGCCUUGAGGAGUCAAGCCCUUUAUCAUUUAUGUGAAACAGACAAAGAAUGGCAAGCUUCAUGGGCGCCUGACAAUGCUUGGGACAACAUCACUGAAGGCGGCACACCUGCAAAGGACCUCAAAACCUUUGUCAGCGAAGUCCUACAUCCUGAACAUCGUUGGAUUUGCCACUACGGGCUCAUGGCAGUUGCUGUAAUCAAGAAGAUCCACCUGGUCAUUUGGCAAUAUCGUGGAGAAGACGAAGAUCCUUGGACCAAGAUUGCAGUCAUUUCCCCUGAUGACACCGACAAGGGCAAGAAGAAAUUUCCAAUUGUCCACUUGGCAAAGGACAAAGGUCACUAUAUGAAUCAAAGAAAGUUUUUCGAGCUGCUGGCGAUGAAGAACCUCCACGCACACCAUCAUGCAAACAUGCCCCAUCAUCGCCGACACUUGCAGACCUUCUCAAGACUCCCUCUACUUCGACCUCCAGCCACUCCUAUUAGCGCCAAGAAUGAGCAGAACUCCAAUUUCUCUGUGAAGCUUCAUCAGGACAAGACUUGUAGCUGGCAUUGUCCCUUUUGCAGCUUCAAAACCAUCGAAAGCAACUCUACGCGAAGAAGCCAUGAAAUCCGAGAUCAUCUUGGACGAUGCCAUCCAUUUGAAUUUAAGAAAGCACAGCAAGAAUCCUCUGAAAGUCAAGCUUCAAACCAGCUGAGACGUGGACUUGGCAUCAUGAAGCAGAUCAAACCUCUGGAGUUUGUGAAGAUCAAGAAGGAGGACGCUGGCUUCUCAUGCCCUUAUUGCAGAUUGGGAACCGUUCACAUGCCUAGCAACUCAACGCUGCGACGAAAGACCCUGAAGCACCACCUCAAGCAGUGCAAGGAAGCUCCAAAAGAUUGCAGCAUUCGGCAACUGAGGACUGACAUCAUGAAAAAAGACAAGAAAGUCUCUCUGGUUGCAGAUGACCAGAAACAUAAACAAAAGAUGAAGGAAGGCAUCCAAAGAAAAGCGCAUGCACGAGCUUGCAAAUUGGGGCAUACGCCUAUCCAUAUUUCUUUCUUGAAGCAGAAGAAGUGCCAGACGAUUCAGUUUUGCACUACCUGCCUUCAAGCUGCGUCUCAUUCCAGAAAGUGGGGAACUCCUUGCAAAGGGCCUGCCGAUCUCCAACUUCGAAUUCCCCCAUCUCUGCAAUGGUGGAAGCACCACUUCAAGUUGAUCGGCAAGGACAAGCUGCGCAAUGAGAUUGGACUCUCUUUCUCACAGCUGAAAAUGAUUGAGGCAAGUUUGGAAAAGUUUGAGAUUGACAGAAAGAAGAGGAUCACCGACAAGAAGCGAAGACUCAUCAAAGGCAUCUUCACUAAGAAAGAAUGCAAAGCCAGAAGACUUGCCGGACUCCGAAAAAGAUCCGUUGACAUUGCGAUCAACUACGGCCAUUCUCCCUUGCGCCUUCAUGCACAGAAAUACUGGCAAUCCAAUGCUUGCACCAAUUUGGUUUGUGUGAAGUGUUGGAAGAGCUCAACAAACAAGCUUUACCUGGAAGCAGCAAUGUUCUGGAUAUCCUUUGAUUGGUGA